CCGGAUUUAAACGCCAGAUUCAGAACAGAAAGGUGAAAGCUACAAAAUAUAUUUUUUGACGAGAGGUGGAUGUGUAGUGUAACUGUUAUUCGGCACACCUGACAAGCAGAUAACAGGAAAUGAUGUGGCACGUGGCAUUCCUGGUGCUGGUGUCUGGGCUAUCAAUCAGCUUGGCCCGGCCCCGCCUACCUCCGCUCUCCCACGAGAUGGUUGACUACAUCAACAAGGCCAACACUACCUGGAAGGCUGGCCACAACUUUCAUAAUGUGGACUACAGCUAUGUCAAGAGGCUGUGUGGCACCCUGCUCAAAGGACCCAAACUCUCCAUCAUGGUGCAGUAUGCAGGGGACAUGGAGCUGCCUAAAAACUUUGACCCUAGGCUUCAGUGGCCCAACUGCCCCACUCUGAAGGAGGUCCGGGACCAGGGCUCCUGUGGCAGCUGCUGGGCGUUUGGUGCUGCGGAGGCCAUUUCAGACCGUGUGUGUAUCCAUAGCAACGCUAAGGUCAGCGUGGAGAUCUCCGCUGAAGACCUGCUCAGCUGCUGUGAAAGUUGUGGCAUGGGAUGUAAUGGUGGUUACCCCUCUGCUGCAUGGGACUUCUGGACUAAAGAGGGGAUGGUGUCUGGAGGACUCUAUGACUCUCACAUCGGUUGCAGGCCCUACUCUAUCCCUCCCUGUGAGCACCAUGUCAAUGGCACACGACCCCCCUGUAAAGGAGAGGAGGGCGACACCCCACAAUGUAUCAACCAGUGUGAGGCCGGGUACACACCUGGCUACAAGCAGGACAAGCACUUCGGUAAGCGUUCGUACAGUUUGCCCUCUGACGUGAACGAGAUCAUGAAGGAGCUUUACAAGAAUGGACCUGUAGAGGGUGCUUUCACUGUCUAUGAAGACUUCCUGCUCUACAAAACUGGUGUGUACCAGCAUGUCUCUGGCAGUGCAGUAGGAGGCCAUGCCAUUAAGAUUCUGGGCUGGGGAGAGGAGGGGGGAACUUCUUACUGGCUGGCUGCUAACUCCUGGAACACUGACUGGGGAGAUAAUGGUUUCUUCAAGAUCCUGCGAGGUGAGGACCACUGUGGCAUCGAGUCCGAGAUGGUGGCUGGUAUCCCUUUGUAACCAGGACGUGAUGGGAGAGAGACUGCUACAGAUGCGGCAGUUUCCUGUCCACUAGACGGAUAUUUUGGCAACUCUGUAGUUCCAAAAUAAUUGGUUAAGUAAACUCCACCAUGUCAGAGGGAAAGAUGGAGCUGCUACCAUAUUGCGCAUACCUGUCCUAUUCUGAUUGGUUAUCAGAUCUGAGUAGUGGCUAGGGGUCUAUUUGGACCAUGGCUUACAGUCUCUGAUUUUAGUUAAAUGUUUAUCACUUUUUUAAAACUACAGGACAGAUCACUGCUGUCUGUGGUACUGUGUUUUACCUAUGGCUCAUGUUACACGUAUGACCGGCUAUCUCCGGUGGCUCUGGCUCAAUGUCACACUGGGUGCCUCAAUAGUCUGUAGUGGCUUCCUCCCCUUGUAUCUGACAACACAGGAUGGGUGAAGGCAAUAUGGAGGAUGCCUGCGAUGUAUAUGCUUUCACCUGUCCAGUUGUGUAAUGUCAGUGCAGGGAGAGGAAUCCACUGUAGACUAUUGAGAACGCCCCCAGUGAGUGACUAGACGUCCAUCUUGUUUCCUGUGUUUGUACGAUGUUGCCAGUGAUGGCAAGGUCACUAGCUGUGCUAAAAUACUCCUCUCCCUGUUUGCUAGUUCACAAAAAGGAACAAUUUUUUAUUAGUUAUGCUUGUAAGUGUUAAACCCCUAUUUUUUUUAAUUUGUUUUUUUCAUUUGUUUUUUUCAAUUGACAUGAUCAGUUGUGCACGUAUUUGUGUUAUCUUGGAUCAUCAUUGAGAAAUGUGGGAGUAGUUUUAUACUGAUGGGUUGUGAUUUGAAUGCUGUGUUUUUUUUUGUGUGGUUCUCUCCCUACUCUGAUCAAAAGUGUUCUGGGAUGUUUGUUUUUGAGUUACAUUAUGAAAUAAAAGUCCACCAACAUGUUUAA